AUGGCAGCAGUCGCUACCAGUAUUAUCCAAGAAAAUACGGGUGUACCGACUUACCAUCAGGUCCCGGAAACAAAAUAUGAACUUGACUGGGCAGAUCUCAUAACAUUGGAUCUCUCCCAGUUCGACCAACCAGGAGGGAAACAGAAGCUUGCGGCGCAGCUAUUUGAGGCCAUCCAAAAGAUCGGCUUCUUCUACAUUAUCAACUUCGGAUUAACCCAAGAACAAGUCGACCAGCAAUUUGCGAUCGGAAAGGAGGUAUUCCAACUCCCAACCGAGGAGAAAUUGAAGUACCGCGCGGACCUUGAGAAUGGAGGUUAUAACGGUUACAAGCCACUUGGUCUUCGCCAAGUAAAACCCGGAGCCCAAGAUAACACCGAAAUCUACAAUAUCCCUAAGUUCAUCCCAGCCUUUGAGCAACCACACCCGGAAGUCAUCAAUGCAAACCGGCAAGAAAUUGAAAAAUUCGCUCGACACAUAAACGACAACAUCGUAGGCAAGCUCCUUGUUCUCUUCGCUAUCAUCCUAGAACUUCCAGAGGAUUUUUUCCUACAAAGGCACCGAUACGAGGAGAAAAGCGACUGCCACCUGCGAUACAUGAAGUACCACCGUCGGACCGAGGAGCAGAACAAGAUUCUAGAUAACGUAUGGGUAAAGGGCCAUACUGAUUUCGGAAGCUUAACCUUGCUUUUCCGACAACCCGUGAGCGCCUUACAGGUGCGAACUCCGGAGGGAGAGUGGAAAUGGGUUAAGCCGUACCCUCAGAGCAUCACGGUCAACCUUGCCGACUCGUUAGAGUUCUUGACCAACGGGUUCCUGAAGAGCAGCAUUCACCGCGUCGUUGCGCCACCUCCGGAUCAAGCGGAUAUAGACCGCUUAGGUGUUUUGUACUUCGUAAGACCGGAAGAUAGUCUCGAGUUACGGCCCGUGGUGAGCGAUGUGCUAGCGCGACUAGGAUAUGACAAGACCACAGACGGUAGCGCAGUCGGGAUCACUGCCGGCGAGUGGGUGAAAGCGCGUGUCGCGAGGGGAGUCUCGAAGGAUAAGCCGAGGAGCGAUGUUUCUGAACAAGUCAUCAUCGGUGGAAAGGCAGCCAAGUAUUACGAUUAA